CCGCUCCUCUCCUCGCCGCCUCUCCUUUUAACAACAGUAACAAAAACAACCCCCACCAACGCUCAAGCACAUCAUUUCCAACCCCUUCCCCCCUUUGCGUUGCUUCUACUGCUCCCUUCCCACGCCUGCGCUUCCCAUCGGGCCCCCGCGAUUAAGUAUCGCCCGCACCUCUCUCUCAUUCCACAAAUGCAUACGCAUUAACGCGCGCACUCCCUCCACCUCCCGCUCCUCACUCUUAAAUACUCGACCACCUGAAACCAAACUGCUUCCACCGCCACUACUGCAUGAUGAUGAGGAGGAAGUUGCAUCUGUCGAUCAUCUUCUUCUUAUGUAUAGUUUACGCGAUUGCCCUGGCGAGGAGAUGCGGGGCGUUGUCGCCGGAUGGGCUGUCGCUCCUCGCCUUCAAGGCGGCGGUGUCGGAGGACCCGUCGUCGUCGCUCGCUGGGUGGAGCGAAGGCGAUGAGGACCCGUGCCGGUGGCCGGGCGUGUCGUGCGCCAACAUUACCGGCUUCGCAUACCCGCGCAUGGUCGGCAUCGCCGUCUCGGGCAAGAAUCUGUCUGGUUACAUCCCGUCGGAGCUGGGCACGCUGUUAUUCCUCCGCCGGCUUAACCUCCAUAGCAACCGCCUCUCCGGGCCCAUCCCCGCACAGCUCUUCAACGCCUCCUCCCUCCACUCUCUCUUCCUCUACGACAACCUCCUCUCCGGCCCUUUCCCCGCCGCCGUAUGCGACCUGCCCCGCCUUCAGAACCUCGACUUCUCCCGGAACGCCCUCUCCGGUCCCCUACCCCCGGCGAUUCGCGGCUGCCGCCAGCUCCAGCGACUUCUCCUCGCCGGGAACAGUCUCUCUGGCGAGAUCCCCGCCGGGAUCUGGGCUGAGAUGGUGGGGCUCGUCCAGCUCGACCUCUCCUCCAAUGAGUUCGAGGGGCCCAUCCCGCCGGACCUCGGCGAACUCGACUCCCUCGGCGGCACCCUAAAUCUCUCCCACAACCGCUUCUCCGGCGCGAUCCCCAGCACGCUCGGCAACCUGCCGUCGACGGUGAGCCUCGACCUGCGCUACAAUAACCUCUCCGGGGAGAUUCCCGGGGCAGGGUCGCUGGCGAACCAGGGCCCGACGGCCUUCCUUAACAACCCGGGGCUGUGCGGGUUCCCGCUACUGAUCCCCUGCGAGGCGCGGACGGAGCCGGCGGCGGAGGCGCCGGGAGGGAGGCGGGGGGCCGCGGCGGCGGCGUCGGCUGGCGGGGCCGGGGCAGAGGCGGCGGCGGGCGAGGCGACCGGGGGGAUGAGGGCGGGGCUGAUAGUGCUGAUCUCGGUAGCGGACGCGGCUGGUGUGGCGCUGAUGGGGCUGGUCGUUGUGUGCGCGUACUGGAAAGUGAAGGAUCAAGAGAAAGGGUGCGCGAAGCUGGGAGGCGAAGGGGGACGACCCGGCCGGCGGUGGGGUUGCACGUGGUGCGGGGCGGCGGGAGAGGACAAGGGGGAGCAAGGGUUGCCAUCGUCGGAGGACGAGGAGGAGGGUGUCGCCGGGGGCGGCGGUGGUGCGGAGGGGGAACUGGUGGCGAUGGACAAGGGGUUCAAGGUGGAGCUGGAGGAGCUGCUGCGCGCGUCAGCGUACGUGCUGGGGAAGGGCGGGAAGGGGAUCGUGUACAAAGUGGUGGUUGGUGACGGCGCCGCGGUAGCGGUGAGGCGGCUGGGGGAAGGCGGCGGCGCCGGAGGUAGGUACAAGGAGUUCGCGGCAGAGGUGAGGGCGAUGGGGCGGGUACGCCACCCCAACCUGGUCAGGCUCCGGGCCUACUACUGGGCGCCCGACGAGAAGCUUCUCAUCACCGACUUCAUCUCCAAUGGCAAUCUCACCGCUGCACUCCGAGGGCGGUCGGGGCAUCCGAGCCUGUCGUGGCCGGUGCGAAUGCGGAUCGCGCGGGGAGCUGCCCGCGGCCUCGCCUACCUUCACGACUGCAGCCCCCGAAAGCUCGUCCACGGCGACCUCAAGCCCUCCAACAUCCUCCUCGACGCCGACUUCAACCCCCGCAUCUCCGACUUCGGCCUCCUCCGCCUCCUCUCCCUCGCCUCCUCUCCCUCCUCCUCCUCCGACGCCGCCGCCCCUUCCUCAUCCACCACCGGUCUCCUCGGCGCCGCACUACCCCAAUCCGCUAAGUCCACCCACCUCGACCUCCCCAGCCCCUACCGCGCUCCCGAGGCGCGCGCCGCCGCGGCCCUCCCCACGCAGAAGUCCGACGUGUACUCCUUCGGCGUCGUGCUGCUGGAGAUGCUGACCGGGAAGCCACCGGAGAUGUCGUCACCGUCGCCGUCGUCGUCGUCCGGGGAGCAGGUGCCCGGUCUCGUAAGGUGGGUGAGGAAGGGGUUCGAGGAGGCGAGACCGCUCUCCGAUCUGGCGGACCCGGUGCUGCUCCGCGACGUGCACGCGAAGAAGGAGCUGGCGGCGGCGUUCCACGUCGCUCUCGCGUGCACCGACGUCGAUCCGAUGGCCAGGCCGAGGAUGAAGAUGGUAUCGGAAAAGCUGGACAGGAUCGUAUCGUGAAGAGGGUGAGAGAGUGAGAGGAGAGAGACAACAUUGGUACGGCCAAAUCCCGCUCUGAGUCGGAAUGCUUUUAUGGGGAGCAAAGAACGUUGUAAUGUAACGUUGUGCGAUAAUAAUAGGAUUACAAAGGGCAAGCUGAAGAUAUGAAGUGUUUGCUAAAAAGAUAGAUAGUUAAAUA